AAUGGUCAACAGACAAGCUUCAAUUUGAAAUUAAAAUUACCGACGGCACGAACAGAUUUCCUUUUUAUAAACAGCUGCUUAGGGCAUUGUAGUGGUGUUGAGAAACAGCUGCGGGAAAACAGUAUUGUUAGAAUACGCGAACGGAAUUCCUUAUGCGAUAAGAAGAUUCCCAGGCAGAAUUAAAUUGUCGCUGCAAGAUGGCGUGCAAAGUACCUUUUACGCAUUGAUCGAGCGUGAAGUCAACCAGGAAAACGCAAGGGCCACAAUUACCCUCGUCAACAAAGACUUGCAAAGAAUUUACGGAGCUUUGCUGGAAUUUAUCCAGUAAGCUCCCGUGUUCACGUUGCAGCAACAAAUUCCUGAGGUCAACAAAUCUCUUAAGUUCGUUAACACUACUAAACUACCGAACUAAACAUCUACUCCAUUGAAUAUAUUUACUGUAUACCAAAGACAACCAGUAAUUGGCUACGGAAAUGUCAUCAGGCAAAGAGUCAGUAACACUCUGUGAUCCUAAGGAUGCAAUGCAGGAAUCUACUAUAAAAGUUGAGCCAAACAUAAAUGACUUUUAUUUAGAUAAAGACAUAAUUGAGGCCAUCAACAGCCUGCAUGAUUUAUUUGCUGACAUCCUUGAAACCAAAAAUUCAUUUGAGUUGGAGAAAGAGCAGAAUGCUGGGAAUUGUGGCAAGCAUAAGAAAGCUAAAGAGGAAAAAAUACCUUCAGCGCCGCCAGCGCCUUCCAUCAACGCAAUAGAAGAAAACAGCAACUUGUUCACACAUGAUUUAAUGGAAAUAUUUAAUCCUGAGAGCACAAAUUCAAACGUAGUUUUGAACAACCAUCCUAAAUCUGUAAAAGAAAACACAAAAACUUCUCCGGAAACCUCAAGAAGUGUGUCGAAAAAUCGACGUUUUAAAGCUGGCAGGCGAUCUAGGUCUAAAAACCAGAAUACUUCUCCAAGAAAACACCUGGAUAAGCGUUGGCGAUCGAGAUCGAGCAGUCAAAAUAUAUCUCCAAGGCGGAGAAGAUUCUCCCGCUCGAGAUCUAAGAAUCGAAAUAUUUCUCCUAGUCGUAAAAGUUGUGCAAGAAAUAGACAUUAUAGAGAAAACCGUCGUUCGAGAUCCUACAAUCGAAAUAUUUCCGCAAGGCGCAGAAGUCCUUCCCACUCCAGAUCUAAUAGCCGAAAUAUAUCUCCAAGUCGAAAGAGGCACUGGCGAUCGAGAUCUUACAGUCGAAGUAUUUCACUUAGACGGGGAGUUGUGCCGAGAAAUAAAGACCGUACUGAACGUUCGCGAACAAGAUCUGCAAAUCAAAAUAAUUACCCAAGUCUAAGAGAACUAUUGCGCUCCAGAUCUAAAAGCCGAAAUAUUUCGCCACCACGUAGACACUUAAGACGGCAAGCAAGAUGUAACAGUCGAAGUAUUUCUUCUAGUCGUGGUUUCUCUAGAAGUAGACACGGCAAUAAUCGCUGUCGAUCAAGAUCUAAUAAUUCCCCGAGGCGUAGAAGAUGCCAACGUUCCAGAUCAAAAAAUCGGAAUAAUUCCCCAGCAGAUAUACGUGUCUCAAGGAAUAGACACUUCAAGAAGCACUGGCUAUCGAGCAGUCGAAGUAUUUCCCCCUAAUCGUGGUAGUGGGUCCAGAAAAUCAAAUGAACGUUGGCGAUCGAGAUCUAAAAGCCAAAAUAUUUCCUCAAUUCGGGACAAAUCCUGGAGGUCCAAGAGUCCAAGUAUUUCUCCAAGUAGUAUAAGUACAGUGAAAGAUGAUCACUCUAAACAACAUGGGAUAUCCAAGAGUCGAAAUAUAUCCUCGAGUCGCAGAAAACCAUGGCGAUCGAGGUCUAAAAGUCCAACUAGAGUUGUUUCACGUGGAAGAAGUAUUUCUCCUCAAAAAGGCCGUAAACUUCAUUCCAGAAGGAGUCGUAGUCCCCCCACAAUAUCCACACAGAAGCUACACUGAGCAGGUGCCGCGCGAAGAAAGUAGAAGUUUGGUCCAUCAGUCCGACAAUCACAUUUUUGAGCAAAGCUCAAAUUUAUUUAUACCUCAUGAAAGAGCUUUAUAUAAUGGUUCAUCGCCAAGGCAAAUAGUUAAAGCUCGACAGUUCGUUGAUGAUACACUUUCACAUCAAUCAUAUUAUUUACCAUUUUUGAAAGAUGGUAACUUAAUUAAUACGAGACUGUCGUCUCGUCCUACUAUGUUGGAAAGCCACAUUAAUAUAAAUUCAAAUCCGAUGGCGAAUCCAGAGUAUCAAGGUAUAAAUCAUUUUGAUAAAUUCGGAUAUCAAACUUUAGGACCACAUGAUUUGCGACACAGAUUGGUAAUACGUCGUUAUUAUAAUUAUGAAAUGUCGCAUAGCCAAAUGUUUAAUUAUGAAUUCUUAACAUAUUAAGAUAUAUAUUAUAACAUAUAUAACAUAUUAUUAUUUUUAUUAUUAUUAGUAUUAUUUGGCACACUUUUGUAUUCUCGAUUAAUAAAUUCUGUACAUUUUAAAACUUAAAAACGUUUCACUCUAGAACGCUAUAAUAUUCUGAUUUAGAUGUGCCAUAUUAAUGUUUGAAGAAAUAAGAAUAUACUAUGCUAUGUACAUAUAUUUAAAAUCGUCAGGCCAGCAGAUAGUUAUAUUGUAUUGAGUAGAUAAAUAAAUUUAAAAAUAAAUAAAU